CGCCGCCGCGCUCCCCGCAUUGGAGCCCCACCCCGCCGGCGCGCCCGCUCACGAGUGGAUCUGGAUCGGGGGCAACCGACGCCCCCGACCCGUCGCGCGCCAUAGCCCCACCGCCCUUGUCGCUGGCAGCCCGGACGCCGCCCCGAUCUCGUCGCCCCGUCCACGGCUGUGUCGUCGCUGGACCCCGCCCAGAACUACAUCCAGCCCGCCUCCCCGACGCCGCGUCGCCGGACGCCAUCGUCUUCGUCCUCUUCGUCGCCGAACCGCCCCGACCUCGUCGCGUCGUCCCCGUCUUCCUCCCCGCGUCCCACUGCCCAUCCCCUACGGCCAUCGUGAGCCCCUCCUCUCCUCCUCUCUUCCCCCGCGCCCGUAGCUCGCCCGCUCCGGCGCCCGUCGCACGCGAGCCCCGCUCACUUGCCGCCCUUGCCGCCCGCACACCGUCGCUGCUCGCCCUCCGCCCUGCGUCGUCCGCGGCCGGCCACACGCGUGCGCGCGGCACUCACCGCGCCGUCCGCCGUCCCGUUUCGCUCUGCUCGCGGGCGCGCCCUGCCUCGCGCGGCCUUCCGCCCCUACCACUCGCUGGCCUCGCCCCACUUCACAUCCCCUCCCCCGCGCGUGACCUGGCCACUCCGACCACCGCUCGCUCGGCCUCCCUCGCCGCACUCCGCCCGGCCCCGCAGCUUCCCUGCUCGCUGGCGCUCGCGCUCAGGCGACGCCACGCCCGGCGCUCGCGCCCAUCGGGCGCCCUGUGCUCGUUCGCCCGCAACGCCCGACCCGCUAUGGCCCAGGGCCCUAUGACAAAGGGGCCCCACCCCUUGAACGUUUUAAAAUAA